GGACUAACUCCAAACACUCUUCAAGCCAACACAAACUUUUGGAUGUACUCUGCUCUCCAGUUGCUUUUUCGUUCUUGGUCUGGAUGGUGUCUGGAUAAGGGUUUCAUAUAUAUAUAUUGAAGGAUCAGAGUGUCAGCCCUGUGUGAGUGUCUCAGAGGCGUCGUCGUCCUCCUCCUCCUCCCUGUCCCCAGCCUCCAUCGCUGAGGAUGUCUUCUUCAACAGCGUCACUGAGGAGAAGGAUGAUGAAAGUGACUAUGAGAAUCCAAGCCUGGAUGAAGAUGUAGAUGUCAGUGUGGUGGAUCUUAUGGGUUUAAGCUGUUCCUCCAUUGACUCAAACUAUUACAAAGACCAUCAGGGGGUGCACUCUGUAUCGGCUGCCCCUGAAACCAGCCCUCCUGCCCUGGGCUUUCCCGGUAGAUAUAGAGACAGCCCUCAACACAGCUCCCAGCCCAAUCCACAUCCCUACCAAGAGACCGAAAACAGAUCCAUACCCCAUCGCACUAUUGUGGUCACCCAGUUCAACCCUAACCUGUUGCAGUCAGGCGGUGCCAUGGACGGCUAUAACAGUGAGUCGGUGGACCCUUUGGUAGUGGUGAGCACCAUGGUGAAUCUGAAUGGACCAAGGGGACAAGGGGACGUGAUGGAUUCUGACCCGGAGAGCUUCCCCAUCCUGGUCAGGUCCAUGUCCACAUCACGCAGACACAGCUGUGGCAUGCCCCUGUCUCCCAUCAACCUAGGGAGGAGGCUGAGUCUGGACACCAUAGCCAUAGACAGCGAUGGAGAGAGGGAUGACGCUCUCUUCCAACCCUCCCACCUACAGGACUUUAUCUACCCAGCAUGCCCUGUGGAGGAGUCAGAUGGGACAGACCUCUCCAGUUCUGAUGCCAAGGAGACAGAAACGGAGGAGUGUGGUCGGUCUGGAAGGACAUGCUCCAGAACAGAGAUUCUGGCCACAGAUGAGCGCGUUCAUGUUACACACGUGUCUUGCAUGGUGAAGGCAGCAGGAGAGGAGCUGGACCCAGAGGAACCCAACUUGCACACUGCAGAAGGACAGACUCAUAUAGCCAGACAGAGGACCACUAGGCCAGAGGGGAAGGAGCCAGGAAGUAGUGUCACCUGGUACGAAUUUCUCUCCAACGAAAAUGAGCAAGAGGAUGAUCGAACAGAGAAAGUGGAGAAGGGGACCAAAGUGAAGCGCACCCUGAGCUCUAUUAGGAGCAGAGUGACUGGCUCAUUCAACAAAGACAAGCAGGGUAAGAACAGAGAGAAGGAGCAACACAGAGAGAAGGAAAGGGAGAGGGAGAGGGAACAACCCAAAGACAAAGAUAAACUGCAUCACACUACUAGCAGUGGGCAUAAGUUGGUGCCGGGCUCCUUCUCCUGCUGUGCCACCUGCUCACUAUGCAGUAAGGCCCUGCAGAGAAAGCAUGGCUUGCAGUGCCUGAACUGUGCAGUGAACGUUCACAAGAGUUGUCGGACCCUACUAACGGAGUGUAACCGCAGCAAGAACAAGAAGGAUUCUCUGCAUAGGACCUUCACAACAGCAUCGCCAAACCUCGCCCAGAGGGAGCGGGAUCGGGAUCGGGACCAGUCUUCUUCGGCCCCUGAUUGCCCCUCUGGCUCUACGCACAUCCCAGGCAUGACCCUCACCCCGCAGGGACCCAGUGCUCAGCCUGCCUCCAACAGCUCUUCCUCCAGCCACAACAGCCGCUCCGGAGCACCCCCAGGGGACAUGGAUGAGCUGGACAGCCUACGCCUCGGGAUCAAGCGCUUCAACGAGGACGCCGUCUCCCUGGCCCCUUCCACCACUGACUCCAUCAUUGUAGAAGAUGCGUACUACUCUACAUUUCGAGCUGAUCUGGAUUCAGAUGCCCAGGACCUGGAGGUGGAGUCAUGGAGUCUGGCUGUGGACCAACAGUACCUGAAGAAACACACCAAAGAGAUGGUCAAGAGACAGGACGUUAUCUACGAGCUGAUACAGACAGAGAUGCACCACGUGCGGAUCCUGAAGAUCAUGCUGCGUGUGUACGUCAGGGAGCUGAAGGAGCACCUUCACCUGGACGAUCUGUUCCCACGCCUGGAGACCCUGCUACAGCUGCACACACACUUCCUGUCCCGCCUCAAAGAGCGGCGGCGAGACGCCAUGCAGCCCGGCAGCGACAGGAACUACAACAUACAGAGACUCGCUGACAUCCUCACCACUCAGUUUUCAGGUGACAUAGGGGAGCAGAUGAAGGAGAGCUAUGGUGAUUUCUGCAGCCACCACACCGAGGCUGUCGGCAACUACAAGGAGCAACUACACAGCAACAAGAAGUUCCAGAACCUCAUACGGAAAGUCAAUAAUCUGUCUGUUGUGAGAAGAUUAGGAGUGACUGAGUGUAUUCUCCUGGUGACACAACGCAUCACCAAGUACCCUGUGCUGGUGGAACGCAUUGUGCAGAACACAGAAGUGGGGACGGAGGAACACGACGAGUUGUCCAGGUCUCUGGGUCUGAUCAAAGACUGCAUCGUCCAGGUGGAUGCCCUGGUCAACCUGCAUGAGAAGGCCUCGCGCCUCCGAGACAUCGCCCACAAGAUGGAGCCCAAGUCCCUGGGCAAGAACAAAGAUGGCCGUGUGUUCCACAGAGAGGACCUGGCCCAGGGUCGACGCAGGCUGCUGCACGAGGGGACGGCCAACCACAAGGCUGCCUCCGGCAGACUCAAAGAUAUACUGGCUGUGCUGCUGUCUGACGUGCUAUUGUUACUCCAAGAGAAGGACCAGAGAUAUGUCUUCUCUGCUGUGGACAACAAGCCCUCAGUGAUCUCCCUCCAGAAGUUGAUAGUGAGGGAGGUGGCCCACGAGGAGAAGGCCAUGUUCCUGAUCUGCACCUCCUCCAAAGAGCCUGAGAUGUAUGAGAUACACACUGCCUCCAAAGAGGAGCGCAACUCCUGGAUGACACACAUCCGCCAGGCCGUGGAGAGUUGUCCACACACUGAGGAGAGACUCUUCAGUGAGGAGGAGGAGGAGGCUCGAGCCGCCAGAUUCAAAGAGUUCCAAGUGCGUCUGAGCCAGAAGGACGGCCAGAUCGUGGCGGAUCUGACAGAGAAGCUGCAGCUGUUUUCAGACAUGGGAGAGUCUGGUCCUGGGGAUACGGCCUGCCGCUCCCACCUGCUGCUGCGAGGUGACGCCUCAGACCUCCACCAGGGGGAGACACUGCUCAAGGGAGCCAUCACCGAUGUGGAGAGUCUUCAGAACCUGUUGCUCUCUGGUGUGAUCGAGCCAGCUCCACGUCCAGCGGAGGGCUCAGGGUCCGGGGCUCUGCCCAGGAGAGCAGACACCUUUGGGGGCUAUGACAGCAGCCCCAUCAUCCUCAACAAGAAAGGCAUUGUGAAGAAGAUCCACAGUGGAGGGGACAAGGCCAGAGACGGGAACCAGAAAGGCCGCUCUGACCCCCAGCUUAAGAAGAUCCAGGCUAGCCAGGCCCUGGAGCAGCCACAGGCUGAUGAUGAUGAGGAGGAGGAGGAAGAGGCCUCUCCAGCCAUCUGGAACACCAUCUGGUCCAACACCUUCCCUGAGGCUGAGUUCUUUGACCGGGUGCUGAUGCUUUCCCAGAGACUCUACAGCCUGCAGGCCAUCAUCGCCCAGCAGGACAGCUACAUCGAGCUGCAACGCGCCUCCCUCAACGAGCGCGCCUCCUUCCCUGGCCGUCACCGCGGCAACGUGCUCCUGGAGCAGGAGAAACAGAGGACGCUGGUCCUGCAGAGGGAAGAGAUGGCCAGCUUCCACAAGCUGCAGUCGCAGCACCGUCAGGAGCAGGCUCGCUGGGAGAAGGAGCGUCAGCGCCACCGGCUGCAGGCCGAGGACAUGGAGGCGAGGCUGAGGCAGAGAGAGGAGGAGUGCAGGAGGCUGGAGGAGAAGCUGGCGGAAGACAGGGAGGAGCUGGAGAGGCAGAGAGAGACAUACCAACAGGAUCUGGAGAGACUGAGGGAGUCGACCCGUACCGUGGACAAGGAGAAGGAACGUCUGGAGCAGCAGAGGAAAAUCAAGAGGAAGACCAUUGAGGUGAUGCCCCUCUCUGGCAGUCUAAACGGGGGACUCCUGCUGGGCGUGGGCAGCAGCGUCGGAUCAGACCUCUCCCACACCCUCCCCCUCCCCCAGAAGGCCCUGGUGCGUCCCAGCCCCUCGGUGGCGCCGUCAGACUACCUGGAGCGUCCCGAGGUUCUGCCUCGGGGUCAGAGCACCAGCGCCAACGCCACGGCGCUGCCGGUGAAGAAGGAGGUGCCGCUCCACCUGUGCAGCACCACCAACCAGCAGCACAAGCAGGUGGGCGUCCAGCAGCAGAUCCCCACCAAGCUGGCAGUGCUGAGCUCAAAGAGUUCAAAGAGUGCCAAGGCCUCCCACCGCACCGACAGCACAGCCUCUGUGGAUAUGAAGCAGAUGCUGCCUAUGAAGUUGUCAGCCAGAGAGGACGGUGCUCUGAAAGCCAAGCGCUCCAUCAGCCCUAACCAGCAGCUUCCAAACACCCUAGUCCACUCCCAGUCCCUGCACUCGACAGAGAACCUGCCCGCCAGCCUACAGAAGCCCCCCAGUCAGGCCUCCAACCCCCUGCACACCCAAACCCAGCCCCAGGCUCCUAACCCCCUCUACACCCAGCCCCAGGCUCCUAACCCCCUCUACACCCAGCCCCAGGCUCCUAACCCCCUCUACACCCAGCUCCAGCCUCCUAACCCCCUCCACACCCAGAGCCCUAACCCCACUCCAGCACAGGCCCCUGUCCACGGCCUCAGCCUGCCUCCUCCAUUCGGGAGCACUGAGGACCUACACAAGGAGGAUGUCAUCUUCUUCUGAGUUCCCCCUCUCAGCUGCUGUGGAACGCGGCAGACAGGGAUCAAAGGGAGGCCUGUGAUGUCACAUCUCUAGAAACCGUUCACCGGAGCUCUGGAACACUUUUCCUUUUUAAAGAUGGAAUUUUUUUUUUUUUUUAAAGAUAACUGUUAAUUCGUUCGUAGAAGAAUCUGUUUUAUCAUGUCUCCCUAAGACUAAUGGCAAUAAUUGUUUUGAUUCAACUGCAGAUGAUGACUAUGAAGAAAGACAACUGAUUAAUAUGAAGGGUUAUUUUAAACAUGGGGGGGUGUCACGAGAGAGAGACUCUCUUUGGGUUGACCCAUGAAUGAAGAUGUAACUAUGAAGGCUUCUUUUUAUCAUGUGUUUCUUAUUAGAAAAAGACUGAACACUGGAGUGCAGUUGUAAUUGACAUUGUCCCCUUUUGUUGAAGAUGACUUGGUUUGGUCCAGAGGUGGACAGACGGGCUAAAGAAAAAUAAUAAUAAUAAAUGCCCCUAGCCAAAGAUGAAUUCUCUUAUUUAGAAUGUCAUUAUAAUUCAUACCAAGUUGAAUCAAUGGCUUUUAAAUGCUUCAAUUGUAUGGUUGUUUACACAGUCAUUUUAUAUAAUGUGUGUAGAUACAACCAAUCUUGUUGUGUAGCGAAGAUGAUUUGAACAUAAAGCCAUGCCAUUCUGUAUGACCAACAAUGAUUAGGGAUGCUGUGGCACUGGUUUAUGAGUCUCCCUACCCCUAGUGUGUUACUGUCACCUCUCAAUGCUGUAGUCGGCAGCGGAGCCACCAUGAAGGGGCAGUAAGGGUGUAGUCAUGCUCCAGGAUGGAGUCAUCCGAUCCUGUUUGCUUCCACCUCUGGGGAGACUGAUCUCCCCCAUCCAGAUACUGCCUGGGUCCCAGCGGUAGACCACUCCCCAUCCAGAUACUGCCUGGGUCCCAGCGGUAGACCACUCCCCAUCCAGAUACUGCCUGGGUCCCAGCGGUAGACCACUCCCCAUCCAGAUACUGCCUGGGUCCCAGCGGUAGACCACUCCCCAUCCGCACACUGCCUGGGUCCCAGCGGUAGACCACUCCCCAUCCAGAUACUGCCUGGGUCCCAGCGGUAGACCACUCUCAUGGCAUCCCCUCCUGACUUCUGCCUAGGCACAUGGACCAUUUCAUACAUAAUGACAAUAUGGACGGGUCCACAGAAUGGUCAGAUAAGCAGUAGUGCAGUCACUGAAGGAUUUCAAAGCUUGAUGUAAUGUAAAGCUUUAAACCGUUUUAAAGUAACUUUUAAACAAGCCAGUAUCUUACAAAUGUAAGACGUAUCAGUCAGUUUUUAUUGAUUGAUUGAAGCCCCAAACUUUAAUUUAAAAAUCAGCCAUUUUAAGUUUGGUGUGAUUUGCAUCUGACACUUCAUUGGCAGCAGGUCCUAAAUCACAACAUGGUUUCCACACAUUUCCCUCAGCCUGCCAGACUAAUGUAUUAGUCUGAAGAAUGCAGUGGGCCUCAAGCAGGAGUGUCUAGUUUUCCCCUAUUUUUUUAUUUUUUUUUACUAAACUAUUUAGUUAGCUCUGUGUCUGUAUAUCUGGGCCUGUAUAGAUGUAUAUAUGUAGUGAAAUACAUGUCUGUAAUAGGGAGGACGAAAGCAAUCCCUGACCGAUUUGACGUGACUUGGACGUACAUUUUGAUCACCUGUUAGUCUGAGCUUUCAGGACGAGUCUUGUUCAAGUACAUUCUGUUUUUGACCCUAUGUUUCCUAUAUACAGGUAACUGCCAAAACAAAGGAAACUUGAGUAAAUGAGGGAUACAAAGUAUACUAUAUAUACAAAAG